AUGUCGGAUCACAGCGCGAAACGCCAACGCCUUGGUUCCGACGGCCGCUUCUCGCCUGCCUCGCCCUCCUUCGACAUUGCUGCCAAAGCCGGCCACCAGACAAAGCUCUUUCACCCGCGCACCCCGACCUCGCCCCCAUACUUCCCGAUGAAUCCACAGUCCAAUGGAGACACUGCCAGGACUACCACCGCUGCGUCCUCGGAGAAGACCUCGCCGUCCUCGGCCCCCAUGUCGCGCUCCCUCUCACAGUCGGCGACGUCGGCGACGAGCCAGCAUCCGUUCCCCACGCCUGCAAGCACAGCAGGCCCUAAUACCUUGGCCAACCUCGACAGCGACGGCGAUGCCAUUAUGGGAGAUGGCGUGGAAGACGAUGCAACGCGGUUAGGCCGUCACAGGCUCUCCAACCACAACCGGCAAGGGGAGGCAGCUUUCUCCGAGAACGGCGGUCUGAAGGCUGCCGAGGGCGUCAGCGGCAGCCAACUGUUCAAGACGACACAAACAUGCCACACCAUGUCUAGACCACAUGGCUCGCAAAACCUCUUCCAACUAUACGGCUUGGAGACGCUUGCCAGAUCAGUAGCACGUACGGACCCGGUAACAGGAGAGAAGAUUAACAAGCUUCGAAAGUCCUACGAGGGUCACAUCAAGAGCUUGCAGAUCGCGGGCAAGCCAAAGGCUGCUAAAAUGGACGGUGCCUUCUCUGGGCUGAUGCAUCCCGUCAUGCCAGACGAGAUUUGGCUGAGCCAAAAGAGACAGGGGAAGGAAGUGGAACGAGCACUGGGUGCUGAGCAGACGACGCUCAACCCAGACUUCAGCAGUCUUCUCGACGGCGCUCUAGCAGGCAUGGCUCCUGGAUCGCUUCCAAACGCCGACACGGCAAAGUACAGAGCGUACAUUGGCACAGACGACAUGGCAAAGCCAAAGCCUAGCACAGACGGACCAGCAGCCCGUGGCACGCCCCUCGCAGCGUCGACCCCAACUCCACACACCACCGCAGCGGCCAGGGCGUUCAGACCAGAAAGAGCAGGCUCCAAGCGCCACUACACCGACGCAACCUUCCAAGGCUACAGCGAGGGCUUCAACGACGAGUUCGGGGCCGACUCAACAGGCGGCGAAGACAACGGGCAAAGCAGUCUAGCCAAAAGGCGGAAGCUCCAACAAUUCGAACGAACAUCGCACUCUGUGGAAGUGGGCGGCACUCGACGAUGA